AGUUCGAGGAGCGCCGAUCGCUGCUACGCCGUUUCUCCGGGCCCGGCCGGGGUUCUCGGCUUGGCGCCCGGGGACGAUGACGACGGCGUCGACGGCCACUGACGUCACAACCCUGGAGAAAAAGCGUGCCCCCCUCUUCGCGCUUCUCGUUCGCGCACUCUUUCGCUUUUGGCGGGCGCCCGCGCGAGCGCGCCCCUGUGGGUGUCAGUCGACCGAGCACAGUGAGACAACCGAAUCGGAAAAUUCCAAGAACGAUGCUUGCUCGAAAUAAUUUCCGCAACUGCGUCCGCUGCGCCGCUUCGCGGUGGUUUUUCAAACGAUGCCUGCGCGCCGGUAGCGCGCGUCUUCCUGUUCCCCGGGCCGUCGAUCUGGCUCCACUACGCGGCGCUGCAAUAGGAAUCCGUCCGCCGGCGCUUUUAUUGGGAGCGUUUGUUAAUUUGGGCAGGCCGCUGCGGCCACGGUGUUCGCGCUCGACGCGCAAGCUCGCCUUCCGCACCGGUGUGCUCCCCCGGCGGCGGGAAGCGCCCGGUUCGCGUCGCGCAGGCGCGGAGGCGCUCUGCGGCGGAGGCGAGGCUCUCCCCCGGCCGCAGCAGUGCGCAGCCAUGCUGGCCGGCUCAUGGACGGCGGCGAGGCGACGGGCGGCGCGGCCCCGCUGAGCAGCCCAUGGAGCGCAAGCGGUCCUCCCGCCGGCAUCACCACCACCACGGAGCCGGCGGGGCGGCUGCGUCGGCCGUGGCGCCGCCCGAGAACCGCUGCAAGUCGUGCUGCCGCAAGUUCACCGCGUUCCUCUUCUCGCACGUGGGUCUGUGCGCGCUCGUCGUCGGCUACAGCAUCUUGGGCGCGUUCGCCUUCCGCGCGCUCGAAGCGCCCUACGAGGUGGAGAAGGCCAGCCAGGUGAUAGCAAUGCGACGCGACACCGUGGCGCGCCUGUGGGAGAUCACCGACCGGCUAAACGUGCUCUACAAGGAGAACUGGACAGCCGCGGUGUCCCACGAGAUACUGGACUUCCAGGCACGGCUCAUAGCUGCCGUUAAGGACGGCUACGACGGCAAGGAGAUAGGCACGGGCGGACAGCAGUGGUCCUUCUCGGGGGCCUUCCUCUACUCCCUCACCGUCAUCACCACCAUCGGGUACGGCAACAUUGCGCCUCGCACCAACUGGGGCAAGAUCGUGACCAUCCUGUACGCCAUCGUGGGCAUCCCUCUGAUGCUGCUCUACCUGACGAACAUCGGCGACAUCCUGGCGAAGGCGUUCCGAUACGUGUACGGCAAGCUGUGCACGUGCAGGCCGAGUGGCACGCAGCGCAGGCGCCGUGUGCCCCUGCAGGCCAACCACCUGCAGCGCAACUCGGUGGCCGAGAACUACCGCGUCCAUCACAUCGUCUCGCACAACGCGCUCGAUGGACAGGAGAAGCUGCGCGCCUGCGAUGACCAGGUCCGCAUCGAGAACCUGGCCACGGGUGAUGACGAGGUGUACGAGGACGGCGCCAGCAAGCCCAGAGUGUCGGUGCCGAUCACACUGUGCUUCGUCAUCAUGAUCGGCUACAUCUCCGGAGGCGCCGUCAUCUUCUCGCUCUGGGAGGGCUGGGAGUUUCUCGAUGGCUCCUACUUCUGCUUCGUCACGCUGAGCACCAUUGGCUUCGGUGACCUGGUGCCGGGUGACACAGUCGUCUCAGACAGCGGCUCCCAGGAGAAGCUCGUCAUCUGUUCGCUCUACCUCCUGGUUGGCAUGGCGUUGAUAGCCAUGUGCUUCAACCUGAUGCAGGAGGAAGUUAUUUACAAAGUGAGAAACUGUGGCAAACGCAUCGGUAUCAUCAAGGACGCCGACGACGACGAGGACUUCUCCUGAGAUGUGCUGCUGCGUCCACAACUUCUGCCAAACGAGGCUGGUGCACCCCAUUGACCUUCGUCGUCGGCUAGCUGGAAAAAUAAGUCCCUUCGAGCGAGAUCGCAAGCUAGCGUUACUAUGGUGGUUCAGUUCACUGCGAAAUGGCGUGAUUGCGAAAGUACUCCGUACUGGAGUUAGUCUGAAGCCGGUUCUUUAGGACUUGAAUUAGAAUUACGAUUGAUUGCGCUGUCCUAGCGCUGCUCAAUGAGACUGAUUUAGGAGUGACAGACCACCGUGCUUUUAUGAUGCCCCGCUGUUCCCGAGUAUUGUCGCCGCUAGGUGCCGUGCGCCGACUGACCAAAGAGCAUGACGGCGCCCAUCGUCCCUAAAUCAUAACCCGUACAGCGGCCCCGAUUAAGAGCAGAGGCGUUCACCGAAACCACAGCGUUGGUUUGUGAGAUUUACGGCAUGAUUUGUUGCUUUCUUUUCAGAAAGCUCUGCUGUAUGGAGCAGAUCACGAGAAAGUAGGAGCGAAAAAAAAUGUUGCAACUUUCCUCAUAAUUCCUGCACUUCGUCGUAAUCCUCUUGCAGCAGGUGACCAUAUACGGCGCUGAGCAUUGUAGUGAAACGACGCUUACAACCAUUUUACCGAGGCAUAACCAGCCUGGUAAACCAAUGACCUGAGGCCAGCAAUUUUAUUUUGCCAAGAACAUUGACAAGCCAUGUUGCCUAUUGCAAAGCGAAGUCGUUAACAAAACUUUGUUCACGGCACAAACUCCAAUGAGUUUCGUCAACUAGGGGUGCUAUGGCGUAAAGUUAUUCCAGUCUCUUUCUGUACCAUUUCCAUCGUUAGCCCUCCGUGAUAGGUCUAAUAUUUCCGGGCCAACACCCACUUCUCCAGUCAGUCAUGAGACGUGACAAGGUACAAAAACAUGGGGUGUUUUUAUCCCGAACAAAAUGAAAACAUUUCUUUCUGAUUCUACGCCUUUGUCACCAUUAGCUUUCCGCGAUUGUUGAAAAGGUUUUCUGGCCACGUCUAGAUCACCUGUACUGCCACGCGACGCCACAAAACCGCGAAAAGUCACCACUUCAAAGUGACGUGUAUGCAACAACGACGCAUUCAUAUACUGAACAAAGCUGAACUUCGAAUGGAAUAGCCGGAAACAGUCUCGUUCUGAACGGAAUAGAGGAUGGCUGUUCAGUUAUCGCUCUGGCGUUGUGUACUCGGAGCUGCUGCCAAGAAUUGUUUUUUUUUUGUGCACAAUAAAUUUUGGCGUGGCACUAUAACAUUACCAGCAGUCAUAGUGGCAUUGCAUAAUCAAGGAGUACAGGAGGCAUAUGCGAAUAUAUUGGCAAAUAUCUACAAGGACUCCACAGCCUACCUUGGUUCUUCACAACCAAAGUAGAAAGUUACCUAUCAAAAAAAAAGAGGCCAGGCAAGGAUACACAAUUUCUCUAAUACUAUUCACUGCAUACUUUGAAGUAUUCAAGAUCUUAGACUGGGAAGGUUUAGGAGUGAGGAUCAACGGCGAAUAUCUCAGCAACCUUCUGUUUGCAGAUCGGAUAGGAUAGGAAUAAACUUCAUUUGUCCAACGGUUUACAGAUGACAUUGUCCUAUUCAGUAACCAUGACGACGAAUUACAACAAAUUAUUGAGGACCUUAGCAAGUGUAAGAGUGGGAUUAAAGAUUAAUAUGCAGAAGACAAAGAUAAUGUUCCUGGCAAGGGAACAAGAAUUCAGGAUUGCCAGUCAGCCUAGGUAGAGUCGUUUAUUUAUGUCAAUUACUCACAGAGGACCCUGAUAAUGAGAAGGAAAUUUACAGAAGAAUUACAUUGGGUUGGAGGGAUUCGGCAGGCAUUACCAAAUGCUGACUGGGAGCUACCACUGUCGUUGAAAACAAAAGUGUACAAUCAUUGCAUUCUACCGGUGCUAGCAUAUGGGGCAGGAACUUGGAGGUUAAGAAAGAAGCUCGAGAACGAGUUAGGAACCCCAUAAAGAGCGAUGAAACGAAAAAGGUUAGGCCUAACGUUAAGAAAGAGGAAGAGAGCGGUGUGGAUCAGAGAGCAAACGGGAAUAGCCGAUAUUCUAAUUGACAUUAAGAGAAAGAAAUGGAGCUGGGCAGGCCACGUAAUGCAUAGGACGGAUAACCGGUGGAGCAUUAGAGUUACAGAAUGGGUACCAAGAGAAGGGAAGCGCAGUGGAAGACGGUAGAAAACUAGGUGGGGUGAUGAAGUUAGGAAAUUUGCAGGCGCAAGUUCGAAUCAGCUAGCGCAAGACAGGGGUAAUUGGAGAUCGCAGGGAGAGGACUUCGUUCUGCAGUGGACAUAAAUAUAGGCUGAUGAUCAUUAUGAUGAUCAUAACGUUGCCAAGCCUUUUAGGCACGUACAUAACAUUGCUGACCCAAAUAUUCACUGAGCAUUCGUUUCGGCGACAUUUUUACGCCGCAUUGCACGCCGUCACAAUCGUCGGCGAGCCACCGCAAUCUAAGCAAGGAAAAGCGGGCCAAUCGGUGACGAUCACUGCGCUAGCUCCGCCCCACCGAAACCUUCUCCCAUUCUGUGCGCUCCUCGCCUCUCGUCAGCCAAUUAGAUAUGAAAAACUUGUCGCGGUAGGCAAUGCUGAUCGCUUUGAAACCAAGCAAAGGUUACCUCCUAAAACAAGAAAAGCGUUUCGUUAGAAUGUUAAAACAACCUUGCGGGCCACCACCCUUGCUUGCCGCGGGGGUUAGUAAAUUUCACGUCAGGAGUUCGGAAUAUAGUAAGAAUGGAAUAACUUUAUGGUAUAGUGCCCUAGGGGCACACCUUGUUGUACUAGUAAAAAUUGUUCAGACAUUUAGGUCUACAAUAAUACUGCCCAUAUUCAGAUGAACACAAUGCAGAGGUGGGCAUUGCUUAAUGCCCGAUGCCACAUAUUUUGUUCGAAAGACAUUCAUCUGUAUACAUGCACAUCCUUUGGUUGCUGCACGCGCAGGCGGGACUUCUGUGAAUGAGUGCCAGCCCUCGUGUAUCCAUAUGCGCACAGGUUUGUCUUUGGAAUAAACUAGUUGGUUUUUCAAUUGUCCGGACCCGCCUCCACAACAUAAUUGUCGAAACUUGUGCUUCCUGUCACUCAGCAUAGUUCGCGUAUGCGCCAACUGACCGAACUUUCUAAAUGGCGUCUAUGGUCGCGCUGUCUGCGUCAAUAUUUCUUUUUCGAAAGCAAAUGGAUUUGUAACAUAACACUACUCAUCGACACGCGUCUGCGCGCGGUUUUAAUUUGCGCAGCGAAGGCCAUUCACAAAGAUCAACCACCAUGAACCCAACAAGACGUUAUGGUUUAGAAUUCAGGCUUCUAAAAAACAUAGAACCGGUAUUUCACCACAAGUGCGAUGCAAAGUGCUCUGCAAAGCCACAGAGCCUAUCAAGCGAGAGGUCAGUUGGCAUUGUUGAAGAUCACGCCUUCUCCAUCGCGUAGCGAAGCAACCUCACCCACGGUAAGGCUGCGGAGGUGCCGCCUACGAAGGACUCCAGACCGCUGUCCGCAAAAUGACGUCUCCUGUGUCUCUAGCGUGCCGUCCUCGACUGUGCUUGGCCAGACUUUUGAAGUGUCAAUGCGCGAGUGCUUGUGCGUAUCGGUCGUGUACGUUUUUCACUGUGCUGUUCACCGAAACAGAAUUAGCACAUCGGACAUCGCUUUUUGUGAUACUACAACGACGGCCACUCCACUCGGUCUACAAAGACUGCGCUUUCAUUGUUGCCGGGUGGACUCUGUUGUUCAGUGCUGUUCAAGUGACUGUAAAAAGAAACUUGUUGGUAUACGUACGGAACUGGGAUAUAUACACAUAUAUAUACGCCUUGGCCAACAUUGCCGUCGUAUAUGAUUUCCUGUUUCCGCCUGUUUGUUUCCAAGAGCUGUUCUCGUGGCACAGAUAUCGGCAUUUACCUUCCUUGUAUACAGCAGAAGCAACGCGUAUAUGUAUACGGCCUUUUUUUAAGGCGAAAGUGAUGUGAAUGCCAAAUUCCGUUGUACUAUUCAUCCUUGUAGCGUAAAGUUCGUUGCAUCCUUAGGUUCCUCGAAUAUAGUGGUCAUGCCAAAAAUACCAUGUGCUGUAUUCUCUCUCUCUUUUUUUUACUGGUGUGAUCAGUGAAUAAUAGGUCGCACGUCAUCUUACGUGCCUGUUUUAUUUAUGUUCGCGUCGUGGCGUCCGUAUGAUUUAACAUGUUGUCUUAGAUAGGGAGAGCGACAUCUUUAAAAUCGUCUGCUGCGCGAGCAUUUGUAUAGUAUCUGUUGGUGCUUUGGUUUUUCUUUGUUUUUUUGCGAGAAAGGCUGAAGUCGAGUGUACGCGUAAAUGAAUGCAGCUUGAAUUUUUUUUCUAGAGCAGCAGUGACCUAAAGGCGCUAUUCUAAUGUGGCGCUCUUUUAGCUCAACUGCUUUCGCUGCUGCUACUUAAAAUUUAUUUCUUAAAUGAAGUAUGACGCAUUUUAUUGAAACGCAUAAAAAACACUCAAUGAGAAUUCUCAAAAGUACAAGCCACUUCUUUGGCUACUGAUGCUGCCUCUUUUGAAUCCUGCCGAAAACCCAUCUGAAGAAUACAGCAUUCAGCAUAUCUUGUAAAAUAAAACAGACGCAUCCGACGAGCUCAGCAUUUUAUGCUUACUUUUGUCUUUAGUGUUGUUAUAUCACGCCGCCGGACCGUUUAGAUUUCUCCAUUCCUUUUCAAUGUCUGUUAGCGACGUGUUUGUAUGCCGAAAUAGAGAUAAAGUUGUAUAAGUUCCAAGUGCCACAAACAGAAGGAUAAAACUUGAAAAUAAAGUGUUUAGUUGAACUA